UCUGCAACAUGUGGAACAUUACGAUUUGCCAUUGACGUAGCAUAAUACUGAGCAGGCGUUCUCAAUGUAUGACGACCGCGUUAUUGCUAGACUGUGCACAAAGACCCGAGGUGUAUUGGUGGUUGGGUUUCUGGCACUGCACACCACCUCAGUAUCAUAACUAUCAUCAAGCACAGGCUACGUUUCUUUCAGGAAUCCUUUGAGAAAGUUGGAAAGGAGAGUACUACUCCAACGGAGGAAGCAGCACAAAAAUUAGCUGAAAACCCUCGAAAAUAAAGAUAAUCCGAAGUGCAGCUGACAGUUCGCUUUUCAGUUCUGGAACUAAUUUUGGCAUCAUGGGAAGAGGGAAUCUACUCAUUCUGGCAAUAUUUAACAUUGCUGGAGUAAGUUGUGUGGACCAUUGUGGAAAGUUUGGCUUGAGCUACUUUGCAGCUGAAAAUCGCGCACUGAUCAAUAAAAUUAUCGUUGUAAAAACUGCAAGGUCUAUGGUUAUCUGCGUGCGUGAAUGUGCUAUGCUACCACAGUGCUCUUCAGUCAACUUUCACACAGACAGCCGUCGAUGUGAACUUGGCACCGGAACCAGAAUCCAGAAUCCUGAAUCUUUCGAUGAAAUUCAUGAAGUUGUCUACAUCGACACGAUCCCAGACACACCCUUACACUCAGUGAGACAUCUCAGCAGUUGCGAGGGUCUCCUCAACUCCGGUUUCAAUGUCAGUGGUGAAUACAAGAUUUACCCAAACGGCUUUUGGAAUGGUCUGUUAGUCUACUGUGAUAUGGAAACUGAUGGUGGGGGAUGGAUCGUCAUGCAGAGGCGCCAGGAUGGUUCGGUCGACUUCUACCGUAACUGGGUAACCUAUCGAGCGGGCUUUGGAAACCUGUCCGGAGAGUUCUGGCUCGGCAACGACAUCUUACUGAAUCUGACCAAAUACACAGGAUGGUGGAAACUACGCGUUGAGUUGGAAGACUGGGAGAAAAACACAGCUUGGGCCGAGUUUGGCGAGUUUGGCUUGCAGGGAAACCUGUACAGAGUUAGGAUUGGUCGAUAUGAUACUCGGAGCACUCUGCCAGAUUCUCUAACAUGGCAUAACGGGCGUGCAUUUUCAACCUAUGAUAAUGACAAUGAUACCCCCGAUUACAGUUGUGCACAGAGGUUUGGGGCAAGUUGGUGGUUUGGUUACUGCACAACAGCAUGUCUCAAUGGUCGUUACUAUCACCAGGCACGCGCUCCUUUUCGGGCUGGAAUCCACUGGGAGAGUUGGAAAGGAAAGUAUUACUCCAUGAAAGGAAGCACCAUGAAAAUAAAAUAACCCGAAUCAAUAAACCUGAGUGAGCUUUGGAGUUUUGAUCUUGGGGUGGGGUGGUUUCGGGCCAAAUCUGAUCAGCCUGUUCGGUGAUCCAUGCAAAGGGAUUUAUGCAGUAUGAUAAAGAUUGCAGUAUUCCACAUCUGAAAUGUUUGUUUCGAGAAUGCCCGACGAGAAGAACAUUAGUUUCUUUACAUACUGAGCAGAAAUUCCCCUAGAUUAGCAUUUUCCUUCUUGUGAAACCUUAGAAUAUUGUACAUUUGUCAUUGUAAUUAACAUCUGUGAUUAAACAACCAUUACAAUGAGUGUUAGUUGGUAUCAACAAAUGCACUGUAAUAAUUAUGUAAAUCUGGUCUGUGGUACUCAAGUCUAAAAACGGAACAGCCCGUGGUUGUGAAGACAAAAUAUUUAAAAACUUAUUUCAAGAAUGAAAAUUGAGGGAAAAAAACACUGAUCGCUGUAAUAGUUUCACAAAGACGCUAUAGUUCUACAAACCAAAAACUCAACUUACCUGUCACACCUGUGUCAACAAAUUAGAAAUGAAGAGAUUACAAGUUGCAUAACUGCACAAACAGGAGAAUUAUACUUUAUUGGUUAAGGAGCUCGUUCUGGUGAUUAUAUGCACAUGUUGACUUCUAAAAGAAUGAUUUCUCACAUUGGAUCCUGAUAGAAACUCACUUUUGAAUUGAGAACGACUUCUAGGACAAAAAUAAAUUAAAUUAGCUGGCAAAAUAAACACACAGAGAAAAGCCAGAAAUAGCAAAUAUUUUACCAAGUACACAUAUUUAAAAGCGCACUUUUAUUAUUAUUAAAUUAUCUUUUUUCUUCUUUACUGUAAUUGACAUUUCUUUUCCAUCUGAAAAAGUCUUAAAGUACAUCACUACUAAACAAAAGUCCUAGAGAGGCUGGAAUAAAAGAAAGCUCUCACUGAAUAGAGUUGUGAACUUAACAUUA